UAUCUCACCUGUAGGGGACGAUGAAAAGCAGUAUACAAUGACACGACGUCUCGAUGACGGCACAACUACAUACGACCCGUUUACAGGCGUCCUCCCAGUCCUACCGCCCGAUGCCCAGCUUCCGGACAAGAACCCGCGCAGCAACGCCGCAACCGCAGCAUCGGCCGCCGGCGUGCGCGCCUUGAGCGCCCAGGCCAUCGCAUUCUACUUUCGCGCUCCUGUAAAGGCCUUCUUCCGCACCCGCGUCGACUACCUCGCCUACGCGCGCAGUGUGCACCAGGCCCAGAUCGAGUUGCUCGCCCAGGCCGCCGCAAAGGAGCCCUCGACCAAGCUGAAGGCGACGCUGAACCAGGCAUGGUUCUAUCUGCGGGGCACUACGCCGGGCGUGCUCACAUCGGCGGUGAAGCAGCACGGCUGGAGCGUGCUCCCGAACCAAGUCUUGCCGCCGCUCAUCGCGAAUGUGGGCGUCGGAGCCGUGCUGUAUACCAGCUACCUCACGAUCCUUGGCAGCCUGCAUGAGGAGAGCGGCAGAGCGACAAAGACUGUCUACCCACCACCGCAUCCGACGCAAACCUUCACCGCGGGACUUCUCGCUGGAAGUCUCCAGAGUUUCAUCGCGGCACCGUUAGAUGCCAUCCAGGCACGCUAUGAUCACCGCGACCUCAUGCCAACAGAGGGCGGGAAGCCCAGGAGCAUGUGGGCCUUCAGUGCCGAGAAGCUGAGAGAGAUUGGUGUGCGAGGCAUCUUUGCGGGAUGGGGUCUUUCCCUUAUGAAGGAUAGUCUCGGCGCAGCGGUCUUCUUCAGCGUUUUCGAAUAUGUCAAGGCGCAAGGAUACUACCGCUUCGUCUCGUGGUACUACGGCGGACUCGAAGAGCACAUUGUUGACUUUAUGGCCCAAAAGCGGCCUGCGAAGAAUGGCAAACCGGAAGAUGACAACAAGCAGCCUCUCAUCAUUCGACCGCAUUAUGCUAUAGAGCCUAUCUUCUUGCUUCUCGGAGGCCUCAGCGCAUCCUUUGCCCAACAAGUUGUUCUUCAUCCCUUGACUCACGUGCAAGUGGAGCACUGGGAUCGCCUCGAGGAACUCGACGCCAAGGCAGCGAAAUUGAGGGAAACCAAGGGAGCCGACCCGGCACACCGUAAAGACGGAUGGAGGAUGGCGAGGGCCUACUAUCGGGCUUACAAAGAGACCUGGUCAGAAUGCUGCGCAGAGGCCGCAAAGGAAGGGUUGGGCGUGAGGAAAUGGCUAUGGCGCGGUUUCUGGUGGAACACCAUCCGCCAGGUUCCCAGCACAAGCGCUGGAUUGAUCAUUUUUGAACUGGUGCGACGAAAGUACGGUCUCGGCAGCGAAGAGGUUCGCAUCAUGGGAGACGGGUACGAUAUAUUACUAAACUAGAGCAUUUGGGCACGCGCGCAGGCGUUUGGAAGGUUGCAUUUUAGGGACUCUCGACUCCCCGCUAGGCAUUUGUACAAAUUACAUCAAGAGACA